UAGUUGCAAAAUCUUAUCUUUCAGUACACUUUUAUCUCACACCGGACGGGGAAAAAUUUGUGCACAACUGAUAAGACACAACGAACACAAUUUCACAGUUGCUUGGAAAAAUAGUCAACGUAAUUUUUGUAUUAGUGGCCAAAGCUUUUUUUAGUAUCUGUGAAACUUUGUAGCUGUGAAGUUUUAUGAAAAAAUAACGAUUAAAACGAUUAAAGAGCGGUUCAAAGCAAAUUUUUUGUCUGGAAGGUGAAAUUCAAAAUGGCGCCCAAUCGGGAUUUACAAUUAAAUUCGGGCAUGCGAUGUGCAAAAUGCAUGCUACUUACUGUUAGCUUCAUGUUUGCGUUGACCGCUAUCUUACUAGUUAUGGUUGGCUCAACUAUUCAAGCAAUAUUCGGCGACUUCCGUCAGUUCAUUGAUGAGUACUUCUUGUCUCCACCAGCAUUAAUUAUUGCAAUUGGUUUUAUAUUGCUUGCCGUAGCCAUUUUGGGGGCCUACGGCGCUAUUAAAGAGAGCGUGCUUAUCAUCAACUUGUAUGGCGUAUUCCUCUUCUUAGUGUUCAUUUUAGAGGUUGCGGCUGCCAUCGCAGCAUUCGUCAUGCAAAGUCAAGUAAGCGAAAUGCUGGAACGCACAAUGACCUCCGCUUUGGCCGAAUACGAAACCAAUGAAUAUUUGGAACAAGGUGUGGACUUUAUGCAGACUGGCCUUGAAUGCUGUGGUAUUGUAGGUCCAGCUGAUUGGAAACCAUAUCUAAAUCAAUCUGAUAUCAAUGAAGAUUAUAAUGAAAUUGCGGUUCCUCCUUCUUGCUGUGGACGCAUGUCUGAGACUCAACCAGAUAAGUGCGAAGUCCAAUAUGAAUAUGGCUGCUUGCGUCGCAUGGAGUUCAUAAUUUCGCAGAGUACCAUGCUUAUUGCCACUGGCGCCACAACUGUAGCAUUUGUACAGCUUUUAGGCGUUUUCUGUGCUUUCAUGUUAGCAAAAACAUUGCGGCGUAAUAAGUCCAUACGUGAGGCUCGUCGCUGGCAGUUACAACAAAGUUUGGGAGUGCUAAUAUCCGGUGGCAAAGUAACACCACCACUGAACUCACCUAUGACAGGUUACACACAACUCGAGAAAUCGGAAAUGUAUAUUGAACAUGAUCCGGUAACUUACACACCAAGUAGUCCAAGUGUUAAUUAG